AGUCGUUAACUCUAAAGUGAGGCAAAUUUUGGAGGAAGUUAUAAUGUGAUGGACUUGGAUGUUUGGCAUCUGUACAACCUCUCCAACUUCCCAAAACCCCCCAACUUUUCCCUAUAAAUAAAUCCCACUCACCCUUCUAAUUUUUCCCUCUCCCUUUUCUCUCUUUUUCUCACAAUAUUAUUUUCCCUUUCUUCUUCUGCCAUUUUCUACCUCAUUUUCUCGAUUUCCAAGCAAGCCCUUCAUUCCAAGGUAACUCCACUAAUUAGCUUAUAAAAUCUCAAAAAUUAAGAAAAAUUCAGUGAAGCAGGAAAUGGGUCUACAGAAACCACCAUCUUCGAAUAAACAAAAAACUCAACCAAUCACAAACCCUAAUAAGAACGAUGAGAACGAUGGUAGUGUCGAUUGCUUCGUUGCUUCAAAUCUCAAUAUCACACCUCCAUCAUCAAUUAUGAUCAAUCCAAUUUCAUCAACUGAUUCAUUGACCUAUAAUUCAUGGCUGUUGGAACACCCAUCUGCACUGGGAUCAUUUGAUCGAAUGAUGAAAUUGGCUAAGGGAAAAAGAAUUGUGGUGUUUUUGGACUACGAUGGAACCCUCUCUCCCAUUGUAGACGAUCCAGAUCGUGCUUUUAUGUCUGAUGAGAUGCGUACGGCUGUACGUGAAGUUGCAAAAUAUUUUCCGACUGCAAUAAUCAGUGGAAGAAGCAGAGAUAAGGUCAAGGAAUUCGUGCAGCUAAGUAAUAUUUAUUAUGCUGGGAGUCAUGGAAUGGACAUUAUGGCCCCAGCAAAGCCACUUAAGUCUAGUGACAACAAUAAUUCCAUGGACAAAAAGGGCACUGAUGUUCUCUUCCAACCUGCACAAAGGUUCUUGCCUGCCAUGCAAGAGAUAUUGGCACUGUUGCAAGAAAGAACUAAAAUAAUUCAAGGUUCGAAUGUAGAAGAUAACAGAUUUUGUGUGUCUGUUCAUUAUCGCAAGGUCCGGGAAGAGGAUUAUGGCACAUUGGAAGAGAUAGUAAAGUCUGUGAUUUUAAACUACCCUGAUUUUCACCUAACUUCGGGUAAAAAGGUUUUGGAAAUACGACCUUCUAUAGAGUGGAACAAAGGCAAUGCACUUAACUAUCUACUUGACAACUUAGGCUUCACCAAUUCUAGUGAAGUCCUUCCCUUGUACAUUGGUGAUGAUCGUACUGAUGAAGACGCAUUCAAGGCCAUUCGGAAUAGAGGACAAGGGUUUCCAAUAAUUGUGUCGUCCAUUCCAAAGGAGACCAAAGCUUUGAACUCUUUGCAUGACCCUUCAGAAGUUUUGACUUUUCUAUUGCGACUUGCAAGGUGGAGAAAAGCCUCUUCUGCAAAGUAAUAUAUACAUAAUAAUGUUUUAACCUUAACUUAUUAUAUAUAUACCUCUCUCAUGAUCCAAUCUCAUUAUAAUGAGAGAUAUUUAUUAGGUUAAUAAGUAGAUAUAUAAUAAGUUGGGUUAGAAGGAAAAACACACACAUAUAUACAGUCAUGAUGACAAGUUUUUUUUAGAGUAAUUAAGAUAAUUUUAUAUAUACACAGUUUUUAUGCAAAGAAAGAUUUUUGGUCAUUUUGGUGAUCAUUAUUAUCGAUCAUUUCUUUGCUAAAAAUCACUAGUCACUAGUUACUAUAUGUAUAUACUAACUAGUUACUACAUAUGGUUAUUUCCUUUAUUUUAUAGGUUUAAUUAUAUUAUGUAACGAAACUACAACCAUGUGACUUGCAAUGGUGUGCUUUUUUAAUCACCAGAUACAAGUUGUUUAUUGGUCAUGAUCAAUUUCAACUGGAUUAUUAUUAUGUAAUUUUCUUAUUAAUUUAAAAAGCAUUACUACAUUUUGCU